GGUGCCAGUGGAGGCGGAGUUGCCUCCCAUGAAGGUCUCGCCGACCGCGCUGAAGCUCGCGAGGCAGAUUGGCGCCCUCGCGAAAGAGCCCGAUGAGGAGGCACCCCUCAUCAUCAGCCAGCUGUGCACGCUUUUCGGCAUCCUGAGGCCCUAUGCGCAAGGGGAGUUGAAGAGCGACCCCCUCCGCUGCGCGGUCUUUGUGGCGGAUGUGAUGUUCCUGAUCCACUCGCUUUCACAAGUGCCUGGCUCCCUCAGGCCAUCGCAGGCGUUGAAGCGGAAGGGGGAGGAGCAGUUGGGCCAGAUGCUCCAGUACCAGCAGGAGGGCGUCAAAGCCGCGCUGGGCGGCGCCGCGCUGAGCGGCGGCUUCGUGGGCGCGGAGGCGGCCCUGGGCAGUGCGGGCCAGCGCUUGAAGAGCUGCUGCCAGGGCCUGGCGCCGCUCCCGUCGCGGCUGCGGCACCAGGCGGCGCGAAGAGUACUGGAGUCCUUCUGCGAGGAGCUUCUGGGGAAGAUGCUGGAGCCGAAGCGUCAGGCGGGCCCAGCGCUCAACGCCUUGGGGGCCCUGAACCGUGGGAACGUGACGCGGCUGCUCGCUGGCACGGAGGAGUUCCGUGAGGUGCUGGCGGGCCUGAAGGCUCCUCAGUCGGCCUCGGGUGCGCUAGAUGCGGAGGAGGUCUCUGCAGCGGUGACGCUGCUGAGCACGGGGCAGGCCAUGGUGCGCCAGAGCCUGCAGGCGGCGAGCCUCAGCGUUGACCCGGAGGUCCGUGGCUACGCGGCGCUGGGGGUGGCCGCGGAUCUGCUGGGCUCGGACUUCGGGCGCUUCCUGGAGCGGCGCAAGGUGCUGCUGAAGGCAAUGCAGAAGGAGGAGGUGCUGAAGCUGAUGCAGCUCAGCUGGCGCGACGAGGCGUUGACGCCGGAGGAGGCGUGGAGAACACUGACCUCCGCCAGCUGAAGCGGAAAGAGCGAUCCAACUGCUAUGCCUUCAGCACCUUGUGAGCCUGUGA